AUGUCUCAACAACCCUACGUCGAGGACGUUCCCGAGUUUGCUGGCUAUGAGUACGACGGCCACAGUGAUGACGCCAAAACGCCAGUCGACCUGCCUGAGGCGCCCACCCCGCCGCCCGCUGACGAGGGCCCUGUCAACGUUUUCGAUUUCCUUGAUCCGUCCGCCACCCCCAACGCAUCGACACUCCAGCUAGGCCCUCUUGGCGAGAGGCACAUCAACGAAGAGACGCAGCUCGUCCGAUACGAGGCAGAGGCCAGCGCCUACCUUGAUCCCUCCGGCGCCCCGGCUGACGAAGACCCUGAGGCUCCCUACCAGUAUGGCACAGGUCCCAUUCCCGGUGCUUUCGAGACGCCUGCCCCGCGCGGUGAUCGCAAGAAGAAGGAUGGCUCCGACACGAAGAAGGACAAGAAGCGCAAGCGCCUACACCUCGACACGGAUCAGAUCAUGGCGGAUGCGCCGCCUGUCCUACACUCUGGUCUCACCGGCGGCCUCAACCGCCCUGUCAGCCCUCUCAAAAAGAAGAAGCCCUCGAAGCAUUCCAAACACGGCAAGCGCUCAGAGGGCAGCAUCGGCAGCAACCUCAUGGGGCUGCUCUCGUCCUCCAAGACCAAGACCAAGAAGCGCAAGGUCUCCUCUUCCUCUACGCGCAAGUCCUCCCGCCGCACCGACUCGGACAAGGCUACCAAGCUUAUCGAGUACCGGCCUCGUUCGUCAGGCGACGACAAGGAAGGCGCGAAUGCCGAGGGCCAGAUGGUCGUGUUCCGUCCCAGGGGCGACCUCCUCCUGUCCUAUGUCGACAAGGGCCCCGACAGCGACCGCGGCUACAGCAUGAAGAAGGCUCUGCGUCACUUCCACCGCGAGCGCGACAACAGCUCUGACAGCCUCGGCAAGACCAUUGAGGAGAAGGAGCUGUGGCGGUCGCUGAGGAUGCGCAAAAACGAUCGCGGCGAGAUUGUGCUGUUUGGUCUGUGAGGGGCAUUCCGGGGAAAAGGAGGGGAGUUCAGGAGCGAUUUGAUUUUGUGGUUUUGACCUUCUGAUCUUGCGUAAUCUUGCACCUGAUCCAGAUGGCUAUUUUUCUCAUGAUACCUGGUGACAUGGAGAUGAGUGCAGGUCCUGCAUGAAAGUAAGGGGGGUGUCACGGUAGUGUUUCCCACUCAUCACUCUACUUGAGUUUUUGC